AAAAACUUCCAAAUCACAUCAAAAGACAGGUGCAAACAAUAAGGGAACUGGGGAGGACUCAAUUGAAAGUUUUGGACGAAGAAAUGUUAUAGAGCAAUUCAUCGGAAUCUGUACAGCGACGAGUGCUUACAACGCCGGUGGAUAUUUUCUGGUGGUUUCCUUAUCUCCGUUUUCGCGUACAGGCAUUGCUAAUUCGGCUACUCGUGUUCCACUUCCAUAGAAAGCAAGCUUCUACUGGCAAGCAGGACCGCCGUGUAUUCGGCGAGAUGAGGAGCCUAAAAAAAUGCUCUGGUGAAGAUGUGGCGUAUCAUUUGCUAAUCACAGUAGUAGCAGCUGUAUUGUUGCAAGCAAUCGGAGCUUUUUCAGUUGCCACACCAAAUACUGGUUGCUAUGCUCUGGACAACUCCAGCCACAUUCAUGAUUUUAGUAGUUGGGUUGGACAACCAUUUGAGUAUGAGGGGAAGGGGAAGGAUGCUGACUUGGUGGUUCGAUUUUGCAAAGAUGUUGAGUCUAGAUCGCAAGCGGGAUAUGUGGACUAUGGCAGAUUUGAUAAACUCAACUAUUUUCGUGCUGGGUCAGGACAUGUCAGCUUUGUUCAGGAAUAUUUCAAUGGGGACCUGAUGAAUUGUGAGCAGAGUUAUGAUAAGAUGGGCCGAACAGCUAAGGUUAAUAUCAUAUGUGGAAACUGUCCUCAUGGACAAUGCAAAGGUGGACUUGGAUGCAUCUGCAAUGUUGAAUAUGAGUCUGCUUGUAGAACUGUCGUCGAACUUGCCGUUCCAUGUGAGAAACCAGGUCUGCGGGUCUUUGAAGGUUUCACUGUUGGUUUUCAUCCACGGUCAUGGGAAAUUGUUUACAAUGGCUUGACUCAAUUGGGCUAUGAAAAAGCUCACAGGGAAUUCAGCUUCAACACUGCACAAACUCGUGUAGCCCUUUAUAUGACCGCGAUUGCUUCGGUUUCAGGUUCUGUGCAGAAACCAUUAGUAAAGGUUUCUCCGGAGCUAGGAUUAAAGGUCACAUUAUCUGGUUCAGCAGCAACUGGGGGAUCACCAACAACUUUGUCACCAACAUCAUUACUGAUUGACUGGAGAUGUGAUGUUGCUCGUGAUAACCCUUAUGAAGUUGAGGUCACCAUUCCUAUAGAAAACUAUGACCCUGUUCAGUUCACCCUCACAAAGAUGUGUGAAUAUCAGCAAAGCGAUGGUGGAGGUGCUACAGGAGGAUGGGCCAUAUUUGGAGUAUUAUCGUGCAUAGUAUUAGUUGCCUCAACACUAUUCUGCUGUGGAGGGUUCAUUUACAAGACACGAGUGUAUAAUCAGCGUGGGCUUGAUGCAUUGCCUGGAAUGACACUUUUAUCUGCAUGUUUGGAAACUGUAAGCGGGGUAGGCCAUGGCUAUUCACGACCAGAAGAUGUCAAUAAUCCAUUUGCAAAUCAAGCUUCAUGGGAGCGUCAACCUGCUUCUACUCAAGCAACAGGGAGAACUAGUGAAGUUAGGUACGGAUCAAUCUGAGUCCUGUUUGUUUCUAAAUGGAAGAGCUUUUCCACGUCCCAGGUCUAGUGUACCAGGUUAUAAAAAUGUGCACAAGACGAUCUGUCCUUGGAAGCAGCUGAUAUUUGGUGCUCUGCUUCUGCAUACAAAACGUUGCUUAAGCCUUCUCAUUUUUGUGGCGGUAAAGAUUGAGAAACCAUGAUUUUUUUUGUAAACUCUGAUAGAUCAGCAAUUUUGGUAUUAAUUCCCAUCCGUGAAGCAUAAUGUACAAUUUAAGAUACUUGGAAAUGCUGGCCGAGUGGCCGUCAUGCUACCUGUAACAGCUUUUAUUUUAAGCUGCCAACAGAUUCCUCUCUGUACGUAUAG